UAACAACAUGGGCAGACAUCAGGCUUAAUAUUUAAGGCACAAAUAAUGAAACAACCCUGAAGAGAUGUUCAUUGGAUCCAUUUAGGUUUCACCUGGCAUUGUUGCAGUUCAGAGAGUAGCAGGAUGAAGCAUUCCGUAUAUAUUGUUGUUGCUACACUCAUUACUCUAAUAGAGCAAAUCUAUGCUCGCUCAUGUGUGGUCGAUUCCUUUAAAGUGAAGGAAGAUUUUGACAUACAAAGGUAUGGAGGGACAUGGUAUGCCAUUAGCAAAAAGGACCCAGAAGGCUUGUUUCUUCAGGACAACAUCUCUGCUGAAUACACAGUCGAUGAGGAUGGUACCAUGACUGCAUCUUCUAAAGGCAGAGUUAAACUGUUUGGGUUUUGGCUUAUCUGUGCAGACAUGGCAGCUCAGUAUUCGGUGCCAGACUCUGCUGUUCCAGCUAAGAUGUACAUGACCUACCAAGGCCUGGCUAGCUACCUGUCCAGUGGAGGUGACAACUACUGGGUUAUUGACACCGAUUAUGACAACUACGCAAUAACCUACGCCUGCCGAACCCUUAAAGAAGACGGAACGUGCAAUGAUGGAUACUCUAUCAUUUUCUCUCGUAACCCAAGAGGAUUUUCACAAGCCAUUCUGAGAAUUGUUCGCCAGAAACAAGAAGAACUCUGUAUGGCUGGGCAAUUCCAGUCUGUUCUUCAAUCUGGAGCCUGCUAGAAGAGGACCCCCCAACAUUAUGCUGUUUGUAUACCUAUAAAAUGGGUACAAGAAUUGCACAGUUUCCAACCUUCUUUCUCACUUUGUUGUUGUUUAAUUCUAGAUACAAUUAAAAAAGAAAUUGUGAAUCAAAAAUAA